AUGAACAAUGCAGACUUCGUGCCUGACCAGCAAUGGGUUUCGCCGAGAGUGAAAGUGCGCUGACACGUUAAAUCAAAUUUCAGAGCAAAUGUGUUUCAGACUGCCAUUCGGAACCUUCACCAAUUCCUGGUGGAAGAACUCAACGAAGAGGCAGCUAAUAUGGGUCUUGAAGGUUUAUGAUUGAGGUACUUUCAGAUGGGACGCAGGCGCAGAAGACAUCGUCGAAUCUUGUCCCUCACCGCCAUGGCCACAAUGAUCGCACAAAUGAGGGACUACGCCGACACCCCGUACUCUCCCGACCUUCCUGCCAAGUUCAAUUUUUCGUUCCUCUGCUACUAUAACUAUGCCCGUGAAGUUUACCCCGAUGUCAUCCGUCCUAUGUAA